AAACCUGUUGUCAUUGACAUCCGCGUGGGCGAUCUGUGUCUGUUCCAUUGUGCCACUCCUGGUGCUACCCUUGACAACGAAAUCUGGGUUGAGCGAAAGCGCCGCACGACGACCAGGUUUGGCAUGUCAUCUUAUGGCGUCGGCCGCGAUCUGGCAGCUCAAGAAACUACCUUGGCCCAGAAGUACAACAUUGACGAGUCGCAACACGCCGCUCAUGGAGGCUGCUUCCCAAUCCUGCUGAAGAGUGGUCUCAUGAUUGGCACCAUCACUGUCAGUGGACUCGCUCAGGUGUGGGAUCACAUUGUGAUUACCGAAGCUAUCGAGCAGCAUCUCAUGGUGCGA